UGAAUUUGUAGUGAGAAUGUUGCCGUUCACGCGCAGUUCGAAUUUAAAUCGCGCACUUUGCCGCUUAACGCUUGGUUUGGCGCUGCUGAUGGUGACCGUGAGUGCGCAGGGCCGACGUGAUCAGUUCAUCAUACGCGUCGCAGAGCUACCUAGUGACCUGGGCGAUGCACGUGCGGGUGGUGUCUCUAGUUUAAAUUUUGGAGAUCUCUCAACAACGGGUUUGGGUGGAGGCGCUACACAAACGGAGCUGCAGCAAGCACCUGAUGUGGUAGUCGAGGGUUUAAACCUGUUGCAACGUAAUGAUCUGGUGGCAGCUGCCGGGAAUGCAGAGCCGCCUCGACCACAGCAACGCCUGCGUUUGAAUCUGAAUAGCGGCCUGCGACGGCGUUAAUUUAAUGGAGAAGACAAUAGAAAAUAUAUGAAUGCAAAAAGAGCAGAUAUACACGCCGAACUACUGUGUUAAAUUCGCAGAUUUUUUUUCGUAAUUAAAAUACAGUCACUAUAAGCUUAAAAUGUAUUUCAACACUGGCGAUUCUAUCGCAAUUAAUUUUUUUUUAUGAAUGCGCUUAAUCAAUUGUAAUCGUAUGUUUUACAGCUGACUGCAAUUCCAUGCGAAUUAUUGUAUUGAAAGUGUUAUUUUUCAAUUAUUACGCUAAUUUAGUUGCAUUAAAUCAAUGAUUAAGCGGUUGUCUUGUCUUGACAACCUUGAAUGAUAAUAAUAAAGACAGAAGUGAACACUACA